CGACCCGGACUCCAUGUUGUUCCGCCAGCCACGGAGGGAACAAGUGCCCUGACCGAAAACUCUCACGUUGCAACUCUGUGUGUGCGAGAAGUAAAGUGUGUUUCUGUGUGAGUGUGUGUUGAACAUCCGAAAGAAGAUGGCAGACUACCGGGAAGACACCGGAGCUCGAGCCCUGCUUGCUCUACAGUCGGCGCCGUGCAGUCCCGUGCGUGUUGCGGUGACUUCGCACCCUUUCCACCAGCCUCCGCUCUCCUUCUUCGGUGCUCCGAUGGUCGAAGCCCACACCGACGCCGGGGCUUUUCCCGUGCGCCUCGCUUGUCCUCUUCCGCAGGCCCUGGCCAGACUCGAGGGCCGGGACUUUGAGUUUUUCAUGCGCCAGAGGACGGUCACCAUCGGCCGGAACUCCUCUCACGGCUCCGUGGACAUCAACAUGGGUCACUCGAGCUUCAUUUCACGGCGACACCUGCAGAUCACCUACGACGAGGCGGGCGGCUUCUCCCUGCGGUGCUUGGGCAAGAAUGGCGUGUUCGUUGACGGGGUGUUCCAGCGGAGAGGGGCGCCGCCGCUGCCGCUGCCCCGAGAGUGAGUGAGCAUGUCGUUAGCAUCGCUGCUACCAACAGGUUUCUAGUCCCGGUACCGGCGGUGUGGGGAGGGCCGAACCAGAAGCUGCUCUGUAGAUCCAUUAUUAACCUGCUGGGAGAGACAGCGCUGGUGUUCUGACACAGUUUGUUACCUUAUCGAAAUCACCCCCACCUCUGAUUCAAAGUUUGAAACCACAAAUGUUCAGACUGACCGAGUGUUUCUAUAGUAGAAUAUAAGAUAAACCUGCUCUCCAAGUGUAUCCUGGACCUUUACAUUUACACUAUUAAACAGGUGGUUGGUUCAGACUGAGAGCAUUCCUGAUCAGACCAGUUUGAUUUGAUCUGUUUGUGUUUCACUGAAUAAGUAGUUUGGAGAUUGAAGCUCUAAAUAGACAUCAAAAUGUACUGAAAAUAUAUAAUUAUUUUAUCUGUGUGGACUUACAGGAACCCAUGCUCCAAAUUUGCAAAACCAGCAACUCAUUCGUGGGUCACAAAGUGUGUCAGAACACCCCUAAACCAGGUGUUUGGAUUAUUUUCUUUUGUAUUCCACUUUAAGGUUAAAAAAAUAACCUCUCCUACAGUAGCUGUAGUAGAGCUGUAAUUAAUAACCCCUUUUUUAUUUAUCCAGGAAAACCUGAGCCCUACUCAGUGAAUUAUUGACCUUGUAAGCCUGUCUGGACGAUUUUCUUCAUUUCACCCCCAAAAGUCAAAGUGUUCAUGUAAAGAUUAGUCUCCUCACAUGUCUGAAUCCUGACAUUUUUACAUGCAUGUCUCCAGGUAAAAGUCACGUGUGAACAUUUUUGACUCUCCAGUUGUAGGCCGACAUGUUUCUGUCACACUAACAGUCGAGUAAACAAACGCACCCCUGACAGCUCAGCCCACAGCUUCUGUUUGAAUAGGUGUGUUUGUUUUGCAUUGCAACGCUUUUUUUUUCUCAAUAGGAACACCAUGGCGUGAAAUGUUGAUGUAUUUUCGAACUGUUACUGAAAGGUUAAAAGCUUUUAGUUUGGGAAACGUCUCUAAAGUUUCUGCUCUGUUUGUCAAUCACAGGGUGGAGCGGAAGGAGGAGGUUACAGGGGGGUGAGGGGGGUUUGCGCUCUUCUCCUCUCUGAUUGGCUGUCAAAACUGUUUGUGGGCGUGUCAGACAUUGAAGAGGAAGUGCAGUGUGAAAUGACAUCCUCAUUGUAGGAACACAUGGAGUAAACACAAGACUUACAAACCAAGGCCAUGUUCAACACUCCCUUUUACGCCUGUGUUGUUGUUUUCACUCUGAGACCAUAAACACUUGAAUGAACUGGACCUCCUGUAAUGUGGAGGAGGUUUUUAGUAAUUAUGACACAUUUUUACAUUUAAUCCUGUUACAGAACACAUUCAUGGAAAACUGAAUACGACAUUUGACUCUUUAAAAAGGAGUAAAGAGUGAAGAUUUCUUAGAUGAAGGUAAAAUACUGCAGCACAGCACGAAGAGGUUUCGUACACUGAAAUUACAACUCUCUAGGUUUAGCAUGAAUCAUGUUGAUUCAUCUGCAGAGGGCCAAUUAUUCCCAGUUUCCCGUAAAGACGCUCACAAGCUCAGUCAAGUUUCACAGAGACACCGAUGAUUACACGGCGAUUUCUGAGUCCUGCCGUAAAUUACAGAGGAGAAGACCGUCGUCUGGACCAGAGCUUGUAAAUAAUUUGGAUCUUUUUUUUUCCAGAUAGUUGAAUUUUUCAAACCACACUGUUAUUCUUGAGCUUUGGGUGCAUUUAAGAGGCAAUUGAUGAAAAGUGCAGGUAUGAAGAGAAAACCCAAUACAGAGAGAAUUUUCAUAAUCUAUAGACGAGCUGAAAAACAAUGAAAAUCAGAAAUACUUUAAUAAUCUCCAGGGGGAAAUUCCUUUCGUUACAGUAACUCCAGUGCAAAUAAAGUAGAAAGAGGUGAUAAAUAAUAGAUAUGAUAAGUAAAAAUAAAGAGAUAAAUCGAUAAAAUAAGUAAAAAUAAAGAGAUAAAUAGAUAAAAUAAGUAAAAAUAAAGAGAUAGUAUGCAAGUAUGUACACUAUAAACAACACAAAAUAGUAAAAUAGUAUGCAUAUAAAGUAGAAAGAAAGGAUUAAAGCCUAAAACAAGUUAAAAAGCGGACUCAAGGACAGGAGUAACUGCAACGAACUGCAUUGGUGUUCGCGCUCGCACACUUAAAAUGAAGCGUUUCUGAGAGCAGGUUUCUUCGCUCUUCUUCAUUGUUUGUCUGUGAAGUGCUGCAGAAUCUCAUCACGGCUCCGUUUUUUCAUUUUACUUCUAAUCAUCUUCUGCAGCAGUGAAUUACUCAUGAUAUAAUAUUGGGUAUGAUGUUUUUCCGAGAAUGUGCAGUUCUGAGUAUAAUUAUGGAAAAGAAGCUUAAUUUCAGCCCCAAUCAUUAAACCCUCCGACCUUCCUCUGCUGUGUCUCCGAGUCUCUCACAUGCCUGCGAGAAAACACGAUUGAAAGAGUCAUGUGAGCUCUUUGAACAGUUGCUUUCUUUUUCCUGCUCGGGCAUACAGCUGGGACUGGUGAGGGAUAUAAACAAAAGUUGUUGUAUGCACAGUCUCCGCUCUGGGCGGUUGAGGCCUGGAGCCUUUUUUCAGGCCUCUCCUCUCUCUGCUCUGCUUGUUGAGGAUGAGCUGCUCUCGGUAGAGACCAAACUCUUCAGUCGAUGGACACAAAUAAACACGCAGAUAUUGUCUGUAUUUUUAUUCGUUUGUCUGCAGAGAGAGGUCAGAGACAGAAGGAGGGAUGUGGUUGUGCUGCAAAGUCAUCACAUUUGGUCAGACAGCAUUGAAACGGUUUAACAUUCAUCACUUUCACACUCCAAAUGUUGUUCAGGACGAGAGACGCAGGUGACCAGGAGAGAAGUUUAUCCUCCAGCAGCAUCUGUCUAUGAGAGGUGUAGAUAUUGUUCAAUAUCAUGAAAACAUCCUGGGAGGAAAAUGAAGUUCUUCAGGCUAGUCCGAGAAAAAAAGUGUUCGGAUUUGGUCGCCCUGGUGACCUGUUUCCUGACUACAGGAAAUCCUUCCUGACUGAAAAGCGCUCACCUUUGUUAAACAUAAAACUACAAACCGAACGUCUUUACCUCGGGUCAUCUCCACUGUCUCCUGAAGGUUACAGCUUCUUCUGCUCAUUUUGCAUCCAUGUUUUUUUUAAUUGUACCUUUAAUUCUCAGAGAGCUCUUUUUUUAUAAAUAAAUGUAAUUACAUUGACAGAGGAUGCUGAACUUUGUCUGACAUUUAAUUUAUUUGAAUAUAUUUCUGAUCAGAUUCUGUUCAUUUUGUUCGUAUAUAUGUAUUUAUAGAUUUGUUUGGUGUGAAUUAUCGUGAAUACUCACUAACACGGAUCAGUGGAGGACAUCUGCGGGUCGGAGUAUUGAAGCGCUGAUGAAACCUUUGAAACGGCGCUGUAUAAAACAUUUCUAUAACAGGACCAUGUGACUCCAGUUGUGUCACAUGGUCUCUCCUUGUAAAUGGAGUUGUUAUGAUACUGUAGAUACUGAGUGGUGACAUUAGUAGGAUUUUAGUCCUCAGGUAUGACAUCUUUAAAUGUAAGAGGACAGUCUUAUUCGUACCUUAUACAUGUCAGUGAAAACCCUGAAUUAUCACCUAAAAAUCAUAUUUCUGGAUGAAGGAGAGAAGUCGUCUCAUCUCCUGUUUCUGAUCUCCUCCUCUCUUCUCCUCCUCUCUAGGUGUGUGUUUCGUUUUCCCAGCACGGUGAUCAAGAUCCAGUUUUUGUCUCUCCUGGAGCAGGAGGAGCACAGAGAGAGGGAGCAGCCCGCGCUCCCCCCUCGCCCGCUGCUGCCCCACAUCUCCCCCCUCAAAAUCAGCAUUCCCACAAUGCAGCAGCAUGAAGAGCACAUCCGGGCGUUCGGCUCUCCGCUGCCUUCGCCCACUGGCACCAUAAGGUAAAAAAAGAUGGUUGUGAACGUCCACGCUCAGAUUUCCACUCAUGCUCUGUGACGUGUUUAUUUACAUGUUUAUCCACGAACCAGCUGUUUUUAAUUUUUCAGACACAAUCGUGUGUUUGUAAAAGAUAAAUAAGAACUGAAAAAUAAAACAUCAACUCUUUAGAUUUAGGGCCUGAUCGUGUGUGAAAGGACAUGUCAACAUGCGUGUGUAUAAUUUAUUUCCCAAACUAUGAUGCUUCUGUAAUCUGAGGUUUAGUUAAUCUGUUAAUCAAAUUAUCCGAUCACAUGACUGAUGAAUUAAUGAAAUGAUAUUUAGCAGCUCAUAUAUUUAAAAGGGACAUUCAACAUUUAUAAAUAUUUACACAGUUAAAAAUAAUCUUGUAUUAAAUGAAACACUUCCAUGUCAGUCCAUGUUUUUUUUUAUAAUUAAUCCAGACUUUGUUUAUGAAGUGGUCUGAGUGAUGGAGGAGCAUGUCGACUCCUCUAAACCGAACACUUGUAAAGCUCACAGCUCACAGCGUUGUUUCUUUGACAGACCACACUGAGCAUCAAGUGAGUGGUGGCUCUGCAGGGUGCGCCCUCUGCUGGUGGUCUGUGGGUGAAACAUCCUGCAUCCCCACCAAUCUAAGUCUGUGUGUGCCUGCCUUAUAUGGAAUGGCUGCAGCUUCGAGGCCCCUGAUUGGCUGUGGGGCAGAUUGUUUUGCCUGUAGGCCGUUUUUCCGUCCAUUCCUGGUUUCCUUUUUUCAGAGCCCCCCCCCCCCCCCCUUACAGCCCUCAGCUCCUGUUCUCGAGCACGUGGACACACACAUACACACACACUCACACACACACAGAGUAAGGACCCUUGCUCAUACAUCUCUCCAACACUUUCAGGCUGUGGCCUUUUUCGGGCAGAUUGUUGAGCCCACACACACACACACACACACACACACACACAUAUACAGGACAUACAAUAGGAGAGUAUUGAGUAAAAGCACGUGCUGCCUCUUGAAACGACAACAGAGUGACUUUUCCUGUUGGGCGGCUUGAAUGAAUUGUGUACAAUAACAUUCCUCUGUCAGCACUCACACUGGAGCUGCUCCGUGUACACACACACACACUUACACACACAUGUCAGAGGACUCUCUCUAGGAAACUUUUUUUAACAAAGUUUAAAUUUGAAAAUAAAGCGUUUUGUUUUAAUAACUAAAAGUGUCUCUGAAUCGUGUUAGAGGGUUUUCGUUCGUCUUCAUUCAUCGGUCAACACGAAGCUCACUGAGCGCUGCUCUCAAAACACCGCCUGCAGCUUCCUGCCGUUUCCUCAGCCAAAAAAUACAAACAUUUUCUCCCCCUCCCAAUGUGUGUGUGUGUGUGUGUGUGUGUGUGUACAUGUGUGUGUUUGUGUGCUCUUGUGUGUGUGUGUGUUUCUCUCUGUUGCUAAAGGCAAAUCAAAGCACAGCGACUCUCCCAGAAAGCCGUGUUUACUUUACUAACAGGAGCAGGUGUGUGUUGUAUAACUCGCUUGGUUUUGUCUCCCAACACCAACAGAUAAAAGCUGGUUAAUGAUCCACUCACCUCUGAGUGUUUGGGCUCCUUCUUCUCUGUUUUAUGAGCGUUUUAUGUGUUUAGAAGAGCGCGGAUCGCAACUGUUAUUGUUUUUCUGUGUGUGUGUGUGUGUGUGUGUGUGUGUGUGUGUGUGUGUGGGCGGGCUUGUCUUUGCCCUGCUGAACCUGUGACUUUGGCUUUGUUCAAUCUUGGCACUAAGAUCAUAUUUAUAGUUAUUUCGUAUUUAAAAAGAUUAAAUGUGUUGUAACACUGUGGAUGAGCUCUCUAAAGACUGUUUCUCCCUCUGUCUUAUUAUUAUUAUCACUAUUAUUAUUAUUAUAGAUUAAGUAUAUUUGUUUAAAGGUUUGUCUUAAACACAUAGUAUAAAACUGAAAUCUCUUACAAAGUUCAAAACCACCAAUGAAUGAAAUUAUUCAGGCGUUUCUGUCUUUAUUAGAUAGAACAGCUGAGGAGAGUGGGGGGUGGUAUUAGGGGUGUCCUGAUACAACUUUAAUACUUCCAAUAUGAUACCGAUAUUGAUCCGAUAUUGGCACAAACGUCUGAUUCACCGCUAUAUCCAACAUGGCCGACAGGUUGAUUGUUUACUUGUUGGAGAACAGAGUGAUUUUUGAUAAAAGACACAAACAUUACAAAGAUAACGACCUGAAGGACAACAUGUGGGGAGUCAUAGCGUCAGAUUUCUCAUAUGACGAUGGUUUGUGUGCUUUAACAGUUUGAUAAACAUCUUUGUUUUAACUUUCAUCUGUGCUAACGUAAGCUAACGGUUGUUACCAUAGUUUCAUGUGCUUAUCUUAUCGCCUCUGAUUGGCUACAAGUGCUGACCGUUUUGCUUGAGCGUGUGAUGACGUUUCCAGCUUUCCUAGCCAAUCAGAGGCGAAGGAGGCGGGACUUUCCCUGGGAAAAGUCUUUCCCGGGAUGCGUCUUUCCCCCCCGGAAAGUCACAAAAUUGCAUCGGGCUUGAUGUGUGUAGUCAGGCGCGUCAAAAUUCGCCUCUGAAUAUUUCGUAAUUUUAAGAACUCUGAUUGGAGUCGGAGAAUGCCGAUGAAGACACCCAGAUCAUGCGAUUGGAAUUCGACUCCGCCCCCCUGCAGCACUAACAGAUAUUUAAAAUCAUAGUCGGUUUUAUUCUUGAUGGUCAGAUAAGCUGCUAAAACUCCUGACUGGAGCUUUAAUGACUUGCGAUCGUUUCCUGUUUCUCUAGUUUUGGUCUUUUUUUCAGCAGAGGGACAGCUGUUAAUUACGUUCAUGACAUCUGUAACACACAUUAACUUCUCAGUGAAAACACGGAGUGAAAACUCCUUCAUGUGUUUAUGAACCAGGACAGGAAGAUCUCAUGAACUCCACUCUGUGUUUGUCUGAGGGUCUGAAACAGCUGAUCUGUCGUGAAUCGAUCAAACCUCGAGCUGCACAGUUUUAGAUUAUCUUUGCUAAUAUCCUUCAUGCCAACAUUUUCAGACUCAUUUUGGUCUAUGCUGAUAUUGAUAAAAAACAGGACGGUGUUUGAUUCAAUCAUGACUGAUGAAUAGAUCUUUGAUAAAUAUCCUCAUUCAGAGAUGACUCAAAAUACCUCCAGACAGGAGGUAUCUGCUCAUGACACUUUAAAUAUCCAGCUGAGGUCUUUAAGCCCCUCACAUUGUCUCUUUCCUUUCCUUUCCUUUCCAGUGUUCCUAACUCCUGUCCGGCUAGUCCACGAGGUGCAGGGUCAUCGGGGUAUCGCUAUGGACGCAACGUGACCUCUGACCUCCAGUUAGCAGCUGAAUAUGCAGCCAAGGCCGUUUCUGAGCAGAGACGAAACCUCAGCGAUCAUAGGGUUGGAGGAAAUGAGGCGCGGGGGGAGUCAGCUGGAGGGGACAGCCCCAAGGUGAGAGGAUGGUUGUUUUUGGACUCUCAGAGAGGCGCGUUACUCUGUUUGGAUCAGAGCGUGUUCAUGUUUUAAUUUGACCUUCUGUUUUUUUGUCCAGGAUGAGUCCAAACCGCCGUAUUCUUACGCACAGCUGAUCGUCCAGGCCAUCUCCUCUGCCCCGGACAAACAGCUGACCCUCAGUGGCAUCUACGCCCACAUCACCAAACACUACCCCUACUAUCGCACUGCAGAUAAGGGCUGGCAGGUACGCUUCAUCACCUGUAAACUAAAGUGUAGGAGGUCUUUAGCCUCACAGGAAGUCAUCUGAAGUCCGUGGACAGAGUUUAGGACUUCACUGGAACAUCUCUGCUCCAGUUUCAUAAAUCUGUGGAAACUUUGAACACAGCACUGAACUCAAGCACUGAUGUUGUCCAGAUCAACUGCAGGUGUGAAUGCAAACGAUUGAAUCUGUUUUUAUUCUCCUGCUAUAUUCUCUUUCUGAAACUAUGAAGUUUAUUAUCAAAUAAUAAUAAUAAUAAUAAUAAUAACAAUUAUUAUUAUUAUUAUUUGAUAAUAAACUUCAUAUACAAUUAUUAUUAUUAUUAUUAUUAUUAUUAUUAUUAUUAUUAUUAUUAUUAUUAUUAUUAUUAUUAUUAUAUUAAAACAAUAACAAUAAGUAUCAAUAUUAUUGCCAUGGAUUUGAAUAUUAUUAUUAUUAUUUUACAUACUAAUAAAAAACAUAUGAAAAAUGAUAAUAAUGAUAAUAAUUAUUAUUACUAUUAUUGUAGACAUUUUAUCACAAGUAACUGUACCAUUAGUAAUAUUAUUGGUUUAUUCAUUAUCAUUACAUGAUUAAAUGUAUCGUUGCUUUUUUUAAUAUUACCAUCAUUAUAGUUUUAUCACAAUAAUAAUUAUAAUUUUUUACGUUAUUUUAUUAUUUUUUAUUUUUUUCAUUGUUAUUAUUAUGAUUUUUGUUAUUACUAUUAUUGUUUUUAUUAUGAUUGUUAUUAUUAAUUUUAUUACUAUAAUUAACUAUAAUCAUCAUUAUUUAUACCCCAGAAUCAGCCGUUAUGACAGAGGACCUCUCCCCUCCCUCAGGUCACACUCAGGCCUCUUUAAUGUCGGUUUUUCAUCAGGAGUCAUAAAGUUCCGGUUCUGUGGUGCUGUCCGGUAACCCUGUAUUUUUUUCUCCCCCAGAACUCAAUCAGACACAACCUGUCACUCAACCGCUACUUCCUGAAAGUAGCUCGAUCUCAGGAUGAGCCGGGUAAAGGCAGUUUUUGGCGAGUGGACUCCGCCUCUGAGAGCAAGCUGGUGGAACAGGCGUUCAGGAAAAGACGGCAAAGAGGGGUGGCCUGCUUCAGGACACCAUUCGGACCUCUUUCCUCAAGGUAAUCGGAUCGUUUGUACAGCCUUUAAAGAGCAUGGAGACGUGAGCUCAGUGAGGCUGCGAAUAAAGCCGUCAGUAUUGAUCUAACUGUCUGUUUAUCAAAGUAGAUUAAUUACCUGACAAGUCUUCAUAGUUUUUGUCACUUUCAGACUAAAACAGGAAGUCUUGAUGAAGCAGGAGCUCCUAAAUCCUGUAACCUGAUUUAAAACGAUCAAAAUGGUUCAGACCAUCAGAGUGUUUGUUCGUUCUUAUAGAGCGGUUUAUUCCAGCAGCUCUCAUGCACGCUCAGAUUCGACUCAUGCUCUUUGGCGUCUGGUUUGACUCUGAUAACCUUUUCUCUUAUCUCUCUGCUUCUGCUGCUGGCUGUCAUUUGAUUGGAUAGAACAAAGUAAGUCUCUCCAGGCGCUGCAGUGAAGGAGCUCUGUAUGUUCGCAGGAGUCUCUCAAUAUGAUUUCUGAUUUUCCUGGUUGGAUCUUUUCCCUUCAUUGCUUCUUUUGCAGGAGUGCCCCCGCAUCCCCGACCCACCAGGGCCUCCUGUCUCCUCCAUCCAGUGGUCUGCAGACCCCCGAGUGUCUGAGCAGGGAGGGCUCUCCGAUCCCCCACGACCAUCACGAGCAGCUGGCUAACAAACUGGCAUCUGUGCCUGAGUACAGGUACUCUCAGAGCGCCCCAGGUGAGCCUGCACACUGGAACAGACACACACACUCACACACACACACAUGAAGGUUUCACACACACUCUGUCUCUGUGCAGGAUCUCCAGUCAGCGCUCAGCCUGUCAUCAUGGCGGCGCCCCCUCACCCUGCAGGGAAAACCCUUGCUUUGGUUCCAGGUGGUGGCGGCCAAGUCCAGCCCAUCCACCUGCUCCAGAAUCCCCCUCAGUCCUCCAUCACGAUGGUCCGGGUGGUUACCAGCACCUCUCAUACAUCCAACCCUCCAAACGGGUACAGCGCCCCCUCUGUGGGAGAGGGCAACAGUGAGCUCAGAGGUAGGGCCUCCCGCUCCUCUUUAUUUCUGCUCCGAUAGUCGGGAUGAGGAGAUCCGAGGAGGUUUGGUGGAUCUGUGAUCGUCUCUGUUUCUUCCAGAUGCUCAGCUGAACCGGGAGCGAGUGAUCCAGACUGUGGACAGUGCGGUUCAGGGCGGGGAGGGGAGGAACUUCGCCCCGGGUUUACAUCAACUUCCUGUCCGUCCCGUUACCCAGAAUGGCAAACACACCACUACUGUUGUUGCCACAGCAACCAGCCUUGCUAAUGCAUCUGGUAGGUUUGUCAGCAUCUCUGGCUGACUAAUUUCUUUAGCAAAGAGACUAAACACAACUCACCUACUGUCUUCCAGCAGCCGCUUGUUUGUAGCGAGACCUCAGGCCAGUCCAUUAGACUACAGCGGGGUGCCGCAGCUCAAGGAAGAACAUUUAUGAUCAUUUCUUGAUCAUUUCCUUGAAGUAAUAAUCAUCAUAUUAAUCAUUUUGCAUCCAUCCAAAGUUUUGAGUCACACUCACAGACCCUCUGCCUCCUCUCGGCUGAUCCGGCACACAGCCAGGGGGAGCGUUUGUGGACUGAGCGGUCACUCAUGGCGUUCUGUUCUUUUUCAUGUCAGCAAACAUUUUCACUUGAACUGUAAUCUGAAUAUGAAAAAAGAGCUAAAUGAAAAACCCUGUUAGGGUUUGAUUUCAUCCAUGUCCCUGUAUGACCAUGUUGCAGCCUGUCUGUAGGUGGCGCUCCGUGUUCUCUAGCUUGUUUUUCUUCCGUCCAUGAUUCCCUCUUUUGUCUCUCUCCUCUUCGUAGGUCUCAGUAGUCCUCUUCAGAUCCUGGCUGCUCAGGCCUCCAGCUCCCCUCCGGUGCUGGUGAGCCGACAGUCCAACGCAGAAACUGUCGCUGAGCAGCUAGCCGAGCCGCAGGCCAAGCGGCCAAAGAUGGAGGACGAAGGUGGGACCGAAUCUGCCCAGCAUCAAGUCCCCGCCCCUGCCCAGCAGCCUGUCAUCGUCGCCAUGACAUCACAAAGCCACGACCCUCGGAAGUGAAACCCCCGGGGUCUCUUACCAGGUACCCAACGGACAGCCUCGUGUCCCCCCCGACUGCUUCGCCUUUUAUACUCGUUUGAUAUGACUGCAGCCGCCGCCACGGCCAAACCCUGUACAGGCAGCCUCUCUGGACAGAAGGGAAUCCAAAAGUCAGGAACAUAAUUCUGCUCCCAAAUCCACGGGAAGGUUGAAAUCCGCUCUGAAUGUCUAAAGGAAAUCUUUCAGGAGGUUUUUCAGCUUUACUGAAAUCUUUUUAAUGUGAUCCAUCUCUCUCUCUCUUUGAUAACGCAGCACAUUAAGGACUUCAAGCUUGUGAAAGCAUUAUGCAUAUAAAAAUCAUUUCAGCACUACUUUUACCAUGUGAAUGUGGGCUUGUAAAUCAGGUCUGUUUUCCUCUCUCGGACGGAUCAUGGGUUGCUCUCAGGCCAAAGAACUCACCUCUCCUGCACAUGUGAUCAGAGUCACUGUUGGACUGAAAAGGCGUGUUCACGGAUCUGAAAAUGGCCGAUAGAAACAGAGGAAACUGUGACCAUCAGAGCUGAUAUAUUGUGUUUGUUCACUGAAAGGAAAGAGAGGACUUGGCUGCAUAUUUUCCCAGACUGGGCUGAUAUUUAGAAAACGAAUGUGCUUUUCACGAGCCAGUCCUGACUGCGAGAAGGAGCAGGCUGUCUUUACUCGAAAAGAAACAUGUUCACACUGAGGCCCAGACCUGAAUGUGAGGCGUCUUCACACAACAAGAAAGGGAUAAUGUUUUGGAAGAAGAGACGCGGAGAAACCCAGAGAAACUUUGGAGUUCUGGCUUCACUACAGCUCAGUGCGGUUUGUCCGUGUGAAGCUCCUCAAAUUGAAGAUGAUCUGCAUGAUUUGAGCAAAGAAAAGGCAAAAAAAGCAAAGAGUUGGUUGAAGUGGAGCUGACCUAAUGUAGACAAACUGAUUGUUUCAUUUUAGUCUUUUUGUUUUCCUGUUUUUUUUUGUUUUUUUUUAGUAGUGCUAAAGGAGAAGUGGAGCAGCAGCCUGUGCUUACAGUGUUUUUGUUUGUCUUAGCACAGAAAAGCAUUAUCAGAAUAAUCCUUAAAGCCUUAAAUAUUUCUACUUUGUUGUCAUUUUAUUUUAAUCUGUAGACAGACAGCUCGACCUGUUUUAGAUUGUUAACACGGCGCUUCUUUAAAAACACAAUCAGCAACACUACAACGGUUGACAGUUCAGCUGCAUCAGUAGUUAGUAUCGGUUUAUCAGGGGAAGGGCGGGACCAACACGACCACAGAUCCACCUGCUCUCUUUUUCUUCUUCUUCUUCUUCUCUUUGGUACUUUUGGUGUCUUUUCUACUCUUUUGCUUUUAACCUUGUUCUCUCCCUCUUUCUCUCUCUCUCUGUGUGAGCAGUCUCCAUCUUUGCUGUCUCCAAAGAGGCAUUAUGCUGUUGGCAAUUCUUGUCAGUCUCUGCCUUAAUCGAAUCUUUUCCAGCACUUUCUCCCCCCCCCCUCUCUCUUUUCACUCGUUCUCACUCUGCCUUUAGCUCUUUUGAAUGCGAUUUCUCACGCCUCUUUUUUGGCUGGCAAUCAGGCACAAACCUGCGCAAUAUUUCAGUGAUUGUUGUUGCACAUUAUCACAAAAAGCAAAAAAAAAAAAAAAAAGAUGCGUAAUGAUUGUAUGCUGCUCUAUCUGCUAAAUGAAAAAGCUCUCUAGAAGGUAAUUUUUUCUCCUUUUGGAUAAAAAAGAAAAAUAUUUUGCUAUAUGUAAAAAACAACAACAGCUGUCAUCAAUACCUAAACAUUCUGGAAAUAGAGACGUAUAUGUAUUUUUAAAUGUUCUUGUUUUUGUGAUUUGUUCAAAUGUGUAGCACAAAUUAAAAUUCCUCAUUGACUUAAA